CGGCUUCCGGCGUCCGGGUGAGGCGGGCGGACGCGGGCAGGCGGGUUGGUGGAGGUGCCCGGCGGUCCCCGGGGGAGCGCUCGGCGCUGUCGGCCGCGCCAUGGCCCGCAAGAAGCUGUACCGGCCCAUCGCCGCCAUGGCCAAGAAGGUCCGUGAGUACCGGGCCCUGAAGAACCGGCCGCGGGAUUCGCAGCGCUUCGCCCUGGACUACGAGACCAUGCGGCGGCCCCUGACGCAGAAGCGGCUGCCGGUGCGGGCCUGGGAGGACGUGCGGAACGAGAACCGGCUCUUCACGCUGCUCUGCCGACUGCCGCGCUUCGGCGUGGGCCGCAUCGUCACCCGCAAGUCGUGGCUGUGGGAGUACGACGAGCCCUGCUACUGGGUCAUCACCAAGGUGAAAGCGGACUACACGGCAGAGGACAUGGAUCACGGAAGAGCUUGGGGCUACCUGACCUUCAGAGGCAAAACUGAAGAAGAAGUGAGAGAGAUUGACAAAGUCAUGUACCAUGACUGGCGUAUGGUGCCCAAGCACGAGGAGGAGGCCUUCAAGGAAUUCACUCCAGUGCCAGAGACAACCAUUCGGUACCUUCCUUACCCACCUCUGCUCCGCGCCAUGAUUCUUGCUCAGUGGCAAAAAGAGGGAAAAUCAAUCAAAGAAGAACCAAUGAUUGAUCUGGAGAAGGUCUUGGCCACUCCCCGUCACCGUGAAAGGAAAAAAGCUAGGGGGACACCAGUAUAAAGGUUUGUUCCAUGUCCUGAGCUUUCCACAUGCUCUCACUGUGGAUGAUAAUACAGAAGACCUAUUGUGAUAUGGUGUAUGCAGGUUCCCCUGUCCUGUACAGUCACCUCAUCUGAAGGGAAAGCUGCAAGCACAUUCAGAUUUUUUUUUCCAUAAUUUUGGUCUCAGUCAGCAGAGGAACCUUUCUGGUGAAUGCAUAAAUGCUGUCAUCCAUCUAGAAUUCUUUGGAGGACAACUUCCUUUACAGCCUGAAAAUUAGGUUUUUAACAUUUUAUGGAUACUUUGAGGCCUACAUAAAUCACCAAAAAAUGACUGAGAAUAUCACAGUAUUUCACAGAUCUGUGUACUACUGACAAAAAUAAAUGUUUUCUUAUUUCUGCAGCACA